UAAUGAAAGAAAAUUGGAUUUUGGGGAAACUUUUGAAGCUGAGCAGAGCGGCCAAGUAUGGCGGCAGCCAGAAGAUCCUUCACUAAAAAAUAUUGCUUACAAUCAGCCAAACCCUUUUCUUCUUCAUCAUCGUCCCCUCUGAACCAAAAUAAAAGUAGUAAAUUGCAACAAGAAGCAAACAUUGGAAUUGAAGAGGAGGGCGUUCCAACCUCCGGCAUAAGCAGACCUCUUUCCAAUAUUCUCAAAGAUUUGAACAAGAAAGUGCCCGAAACCCUCCUCAGGCACCGCACCCAUCCCGAUGGCUUCUCCUUCAAAUACAUCCCAUGGCACAUAUUGAAUCGGAUUAUGAACUUACAUGCACCAGAAUGGUCGGGUGAAGUUCGAAGCAUCAACUAUUCAGCUGAUGGUAAAUCUGUAUCUGUUGUCUAUCGUGUUACACUUUAUGGCACUGAUGCUGAGAUAUUCCGGGAAUCAACAGGAAGUGCUUCAACUAGUGAGACAGGGUAUGGGGAUCCAGUGCAGAAGGCAGAAGCAAUGGCAUUUCGUAGAGCUUGUGCUCGUUUUGGGCUCGGACUUCACCUCUAUCAUGAAGAGAUGGACUAGCUUCUCUUUUAAAUCAAUCAUCACUCAUCACUCUUUAUUGUAAGUCUUAUAGAUUGAUAACACUUUCAAUUGCUAAGUUUGCUGUGUUUCAAUUACUAGCUUUUAUCUAUGUUGGAGUUUGGUUUGGUGGCGAAUACAUCUAGAGAAGACAAGUUUGCUCACUAAAAUGUAUAUAUAUAUCUAAUCUGGUCCAUCCAAGAAUGACAUGGCACAUAAUAUAUUA